CAUCAAAGAGGUACCUAUCCGGACGGCGUUGGCAUUCACAGGCGCGUAGAGUCACCGCUCACAUGACGGUAUACUCAUUUUUAUUUAUUUAUUUAUUCCUUCAUCCCUUGUCCUUUCCGUCUCUUGUUCUGGUUCUACCUAUUUUCCCUUCCUUCUUCUAUCUUUAGGCUAAAUUCGAAAUCUCUAUAACCCGCCCAAUAGGGUGUGUGCAUUCGUCAGUCGGUAGACCGUCCCCGUGAGCGCGGUGAGGCGCCAAUGGACGACGAGCGCUUGUAGCGAAGAGGAGGCUUCUAGCCCAAGGUAGGCUUGGGCGACGUGCAGGAGUUGGGACCAAAAGAUGGGGCUGGUAGUGGGAAAUGGACGAGGGCGAAGGGAGCCAUGGGAAAUAGGACUGCAGUAGCAUGCAGCAUGCUGCAGGAUGAUGCUGCAGGAUGCCAGACCGACCCGAACCCCGAAGGAACCUGGCGCCAGGGCCAUCAAUCGAGUCUCCUCUUGUACUUGACGGUUGGCCCUCGACUGCCGGGCCGGUCGUGGGGGGAGGCGGCACACACGCCAGAUACGGCUGGGGCCCCUGUUGGAGCGCGUCUAAACGAUGGGCGCCCCUUCCAAGCUACUGCGUCCCUGGUGUCCCAUGAUGCGGCAAGCUUGAUGCUGCAAUGUUCCGUGUUCCCAUGCGUUUCCAAUGCUCCAUUCCCUCCAAUGUCAUGUUACAAUGUAGCGUCUGCGUGCGUGCGUAUCAGCGCCGCCCUGAUGCAUGUGCAUUGCAUCUCUCCGGCACUCAAGCCAUCUUGGGCCUUAGAUGCUGAAGGGGUAGCUCUCGGGGUUCUCGGAGAAGAUGGGAGGGGUGUAAAUGUGCGUAAAGGUAUGUGUAGUUGUGCAUGUGUUUUGUUGUGUGUGCUGUACUCCGUGUCCGUCAGCUCGUUUGUCAUGGGCAGCUUUUAUCCGAAAUUCCAGCUCUUCCGGACGGGUAUCCACCCCGAGCCCGCGGCACCACCCGAUCUCAGUCACCGCCAAAAAGUCACAGGUCCAAGGACCCCAGGGCCCUGAAGCUUGACAGAUGACCAGGAAGUGGGAUAGGGAACAGCAUGGGGGUUUUCAAUGG